AUGCAGGUUACACAUGUCGUCUUGCUCGAGUUCAAGCCCGAAGUGGCUCCCCAAGUCAGGGAGAAUGUCGCAAGCCAAGUCAAGGCCCUGCGCGAGUCUUGCGUCCACCCCGAGACCGGAAAGCCCUACAUCGUGUCCAUGAAAGCCGGUGCUGAUGUCUCCAUCGAGGGUCUUCAGAAUGGCAUCAGCCACGCAUUUGUCUCCGUUUUCGAGAACACGGCCGACCGCGACUAUUUCGUGAACCAGGACCCGGCUCAUAUUUCGGUGGUGCAGAAUGUCAAGGAGCAUCUGGCCAAGGUGCAGGUGGUGGACUUUAUUGAUGGGAAGCUUAUUUAG